AUGGACCACUGGAGGUUUAACAAAUCUGUUUAUGUUUGGCGACGCUCUCAGUCCUCUGACUUUGAACGAGACAUUCAGAAGCGACGUAAAUCAUUGAUGUUACAUCGACCAUUAACGUCUGCAUGCCAUGCUGAACGAAGAUCUGCAGAUACCGAAAAAUAUUUUGGAAAUGGUCGAUCUUUUGUGCAAACUAUGGCGAAGAGCUACAAAAUUGAAGAACAUCGUUCUCAGAUGUUGGAAAUGCAUUUGAAGGACGUGAUUGGACUUAUAAAGAGGGUUGAGAAUGACGACAGAUCAGUGGCAACAUGCUUUUGCACUAGUUAUUCUGGGAGCAUUGUGUACAUUCGGCGUUGGACACAGGAUGCGCCCAAAAAUUUCCGGUUUGUUGUAAUUGCCUAUCGACCAUUUAUUGCCGUUGCUGGUUCGUUUUCGACACGGUCUAUCUUGAGAUUUCACAGACUUCAUACCCAUGGUACCAUUACUGUCAUGCCAGAAAGGUCGCGUGUCUACAGCUUGCUUGUUUAA